AUGGUAUUUCCGCCUGUCAGUUUUUGGCGUCUGGCAAUUUUGUGUGUUGUUCGCGUAUAUACUUAGUUUGUAGAAUUUCUUUGUUUAAAUAUUUUCCCUUUAACAAAAUCUCUUAUCUUCCUGUGCGAAAAAAUUCAUUAAAACAUGUCGAGUGAAAGUGUUAAAACGUUUGCGAGUCUUGAAACACCUGGUUAUGUAGGCUUUGCCAAUUUGCCGAAUCAAGUUCAUCGAAAGUCCGUGAAAAAAGGAUUCGAAUUCACUCUUAUGGUAGUCGGUGAAUCAGGCCUGGGAAAAUCAACUCUAGUUAACAGUCUAUUUCUCACGGAUCUUUAUCCCGAAAGAAUAAUUCCUGACGCUGUUGAAAAAACCAAUCAAACUGUUAAACUGGAUGCUUCUACGGUUGAAAUUGAAGAGAGGGGAGUAAAACUUCGCUUGACUGUUGUCGACACUCCUGGCUAUGGAGAUGCUAUCGAUAAUACUGAUAGUUUCCGAGCAAUCAUUCAAUACAUUGAUGAUCAGUUUGAGAGAUUUCUACGUGAUGAAAGUGGUUUGAACAGAAGGAACAUUGUCGACAAUCGAAUACAUUGCUGCUUUUACUUUAUCUCCCCUUUUGGACACGGAUUGAAGCCACUGGAUAUUGAAUUCAUGAAGCAAUUGCACAAUAAAGUGAAUAUUGUUCCUGUCAUUGCGAAAGCUGAUGUACUUACCAAAAAGGAAGUUUUGCGUUUGAAGAAACGUGUAAUGGAGGAAAUCGAAGCGAAUGGAAUAAAGAUUUACCCUCUGCCCGAUUGCGACAGUGACGAGGAUGAAGAUUACAAGGAGCAAGUGCGACAGUUGAAAGAAGCUGUUCCAUUUGCUGUGUGCGGUGCAAAUACUCUUCUGGAAGUUAAGGGCAAAAAAGUUCGCGGUCGUCUGUAUCCCUGGGGAGUUGUCGAAGUUGAAAAUCCAGAUCACUGCGAUUUCAUCAAACUCCGGACAAUGCUUAUAACUCACAUGCAAGAUUUACAGGAAGUAACUCAAGAAGUUCACUAUGAAAAUUAUCGAAGCGAGAGAUUAGCGAAAGGCGCUCCUGUUCCUCCUCGAAGACAGAACAUUGUUGAGAAUGAAAAAACGGUCGGAGGCUCGGAGAAAGAUCGAAUCUUGCAAGAAAAGGAAGCAGAGUUACGAAGAAUGCAGGAAAUGCUCGCCGCUAUGCAAGCCCAAAUGCAGCAACAACAACCAUAAUUUAUUUUUUAAAAAAAGAAGGAAUGUCCGCCUUGCCAAGUGCCAAUAACUGAUCUUCGCAUACACAUCGACUUUGAGGCGAGUUUCUUUUUUUCUCUACGCACAAUCAGAAUAUGUCUCGUUUCACUUUUGACAAUCGACACAAUUCAAGCGCAAAAAAAUAAUCAGAAUUGUCUCGUUCAAGUCGGUGAUAAUUUUGUACCUCAGUAAUUUGUUAAAACAACAUGGAAAGAAAACGCGCAACAAACAUGACAAAAAAGCGACGAUUGAAACGACAAACUCUUCAGAAAAGUGCCUUGCAAUUUUAUUCUCUUUUCUCGAUUAAUGUCGUUUCAAUCUUCUUUUUUAAGCCUUGGGUCGAAAAAUAUUCACCAUUUACGUUAUUUUUUUUUUAUUAUUUUUUUAAGUUCAGAAUGUUUGUUAUAAGGGGGUUUUUUUAUAUACAUAGUGAAAGCAAUUUUUUUUUAAAUCGUAAAAAGGGAUUUAUUUCGUUUUAAAGACUGUGAAAAAAAAUCUUGAGAAAUCUAAUGUUGAAGUGCCAGUUUCUAUCAACGAACCAGAUAGCAUUGUAAAUAAGAAAUUUAAUUUCACAUUCUUAGAUUUCUCAUGACUAGAAUGCAAAAAGAAUCAAUUCCAAAUGCCUAAAAUUCUUCCAAUUACUUCCAAAUAAGUAAUUUUUAUAUGUUUUGUAAGAAAUGUUACGAAUAAAGAAUAUUUUACAUUUUAAUAUACUAA